AUGAGCAAAUAUUGCGAGUUUCAUAGGGAUCAUGGGCAUACCACGGAAGAUUGUCAAGCUUUGCAGCGGGAAAUCGAAGCUCUCAUUAAAAGAGUAUUUUUAAAAAAUUACACUGGUCAUGAUAAACGGCCAAGGAAUGACCGUGCCACUCGGAAAGAGCCCGGGGCCGGAAGCAGUGCUCAACCCACUGCCGAAACCAUUAAUAUUAUCGUUGGGGGCAUAGCAUCCGGCAGAGACACAAGUAGUGGGCGAAAGCAGUAUGCCCGCCAACAUGCUCAUACCCCAAGAGAAUCCAGUGAUAAAGUUAAGGACAUCACUUUUGGUGCAAGAGAUUUGGAAGGAGUAUCAUAUCCUCAUGACGAUGCCUUGGUCGUCUCUGCGGUUGUGGCUAACUUCGAAGUGAAGAGGAUUCUGGUGGAUAAUGGGAGUGCAGCAAAUAUACUCUCGCAGGAGGCUUUCGCUAAAAUGGGGAUCUCUCCAAAACAGCUCAAAUCAGUAAAGACCCCUCUACAGGGAUUCAGUGGUGGAGUCAUUAUCCCUGAAGGCGUCGUCGAGCUCCCAAUAACAUUAGGAUCUGGUAAUACACAAUUGACAGAGAUCACGCCAUUCCAAGUAGUUAACACCCCCAAUGGCCUACAACAUCAUUCUGGGAAAAUCCCUACUAAACAAGAUCCAAGCUAUUGUAUCAACCUUCCACCUUGCCAUGAAGUUCCCCACAAGUCAUGGCAUCGAAGUAGUUAG